AGAAUUGUUGGAAAAAGAAGAAUUUAAAGAGAACAAUUUCUAGAAUAUAAUAGAGUAUAUCGUCAGAGUAUAUUAAAGUUUAAAUGGAGUUCACUACAAAAUACUUUCAGCCAUAUUGGAUUAUUGGAUUAUUCAUCGCUUUAAUAUGUAUUAUUUACACUUAUCUCAGUAUAGUGUAUAGUUACUGGAAAAGAAGAGGAAUUCCUUCACCAAAAACAACGUGGUUGUUGGGUUCAUACGGGACAAGAUGGAAAGAGCCUCAAGGUUAUAUAGAAUUGGAAUGGUAUAAGAAAUAUGGAAGAAUAUUUGGUAUUUACGAAGGAUUAAAUCCCAUUCUGAUGGUUUCUGAACCGGAAUUAAUUAAAAAUAUAUUAAUAAAAAACUUCAAUAAAAUGCCGAAUCAAAGACGGUGGAAAUUUGGAGAUCGAAUUAUCGAUAAUAUGGUUAUCACAAUGGAAGAUGAGGAAUGGAGAAGAGUAAAAUCUACUCUGACGCCAAUAUUUAGCAUUGCUAAAAUUAAAAAGCUUAUUCCAAAAAUCAAUGAAUGUGUCAAAGCUCUGGAAGAAAAUCUGUACGAAGUAGCUAAAGAUGGUAAACCUGUUAACUGUACUCAACAUUUUAACGUCUUUGUAAUGGAUUCAAUUUCCAGAUGCGCUUUCAAUAUGGUUAUUGAUAGUCGUGAUUACGUUAAAAAUCCUUUUGUGAAUUCCAUCUCCAAUGUUUUUUCAUCAGUUCCAUGGAGACAUUUGAUGUUUGCAAUAUUUCCAAAAUUAAGUGAGAUUCUGAAAUUGUCUUUUGUUGAUACAAAAAUGACUUCAUUCUUAUAUAAAACAGUACUUGAACUUCUAGAAAAACGUAAAAUGCAUGAAAAGGAAAAAUACGAUGAUUUUCUUCAAUGGAUGUUAGAAAGUUCAGGUUAUGAAACAAAAGAUCAAAAGUCUGGUUCUAAUACUACCGAAAAUAAAUAUCUGACCCGCGACGAAAUUAUCUCCCAGUGCAUUUUGUUUUUUAUUGUCGGAUUCUUCACAACUGCUGCCAAUAUUAACUUUAUCGUAUACAGUUUAGCAUUAAAUCCCGAAUGCCAAGAAAAGUUAGCAAAAGAAUUACAAGAAAAUCUUCAAAAUCAGGAAGAACUACAAUACGAAGACGUUCAGAAUUUACCUUACUUAGAUGCAGUUAUUUCUGAAACGUUGAGAUAUUACUCACCAGUUUCAAAAGUUAUUCGCAUGGGACACGAAGAUUAUCAUUUAGAAGGAACGGAUAUCGUUGUUCCUAAAAAUAUGAUGAUCGGAAUACCAAUUUAUGCAAUUCAUCAAGAUCAAGAGUGGUUUCCGAAUCCCAAAAAUUUUAAUCCCGAAAGAUUUCUUCCAGAAAAUAGGAAUCUCAUUCGUCCUUAUACAUAUUUUCCCUUUGGAUUGGGACCGAGAAGUUGUUUGGGUAUGAAAUUUAGUCAAUUGGAAAUGAAAUUGUGUCUGGCAAAUGUUUUUCGCCAUUUUCGCUUUUGUCUUUGUGAAGAAUCGAAGAUGGUGAUGGAUUUUAGUUUUGGUUUAGACGUCCAUAGUCCUAAAGAAGUUAUUUUAAAAAUGGAAUGCAGGAAUUAAACUAUUUGCUGCUUAAGUUUUAAUAAUACUUUUUAAUUAUUACAUUUUC